UGAUAUAACUAUCAAAGAAAUUGCUUAUUUAUAUCUUAAUUUAAAAUAUCUUGAUCUGAAAGGAUGUGAAAAUAUUAGUAAAGAAGCCAUAGAUCAGCUUAUAUCACUCAAUUCAAAUAUCCAUGUCAAGAAUUUCGUGGAUACUAUAAUAACUUCUGAUCUAAUUGAAAUACUUAAUAAUUUACUUAGUCAAUAUUUUAAUACAUCUAUAGCUAUAAAUAGACAAUUUUUGAUUCAAG